AUGAAUAAAAGUAUUUACAUAAUACUUCUUUGUGUGAAAUAUUUUCUAAUAUAUAGUAAAGCAUAUAAAAAAAAAAAUAAUAAUGAUGUUAUAAAUAAUAUUCAAAGAGCGAAAAAUGAUUUAUUUUUUAUAAAACCAUCUGUAAAAUUAAAUUUAUGUUCAAGUAAAUUUAUACAUAGAAUAAAAAGUGUGAACAAAAGAUAUGUUGAAAAAAAUGAGUAUAUUCAACAAAUAGAUAAUGAUAUAGAAGAAAAAAAAAAAAAAAAAAAAACUACAUCUAAACGCAACAAUAAAAGUAGUAAUCAAAUUAAUGAUGAUUAUGAAACGUUUUUAAUAGUUGAUGGAUCGUCUAUAUUAUUUAAAAAUUUUUUUGGUAUGCCGUUUUUAAAAAAUGAUAAUGAUGUAAAUUUAAGUACUAUAUAUGGAUUUAUACAAUCAUUAAAUAAAAUAUAUAAUUUAUUUUUACCUACAUAUAUAGCUAUCAUAUUUGAUUCUAAGACAUCUAAUAAUGAUAAGAAAAAAAUUUAUGCAAAUUAUAAAAUUUUUAGACGGAAAAACCCGGAUGAAUUAUAUGAACAACUAAAAAUUGUAAGUAACUUUUGUGAUACUAUAGGAAUUAAAACAAUUAGCUCAACCAAUAUUGAGAGUGAUGAUUAUAUAGCAAGAAUUGUUGAUAAUAUUAGUAAUACAUUAAAAGAAAAAAAACAAAAGGAUUUUUCCUUCGUUAAUAAUCACCAAGAAAAAGAACCUCCUCCAAUGUAUACCUAUAUGAAAAAUAAUGUAUAUGAUAAUGCAGGGAGUAUUGGAACGAAUAAGAUAUUUGAUAAGGAACCCAAUCAUAUAAAUGGUAACAUAAAUGGUAACGUAAAUGAUCACACAAAUGGUAACGUAAAUGAUCACAUAAAUGGUAACAUAAAUGAUCACAUAAAUGGUAACAUAAAUGAUCACAUAAAUGAUCACACAAACGAUCACACAAACGAUCACACAAACGAUCACACAAACGAUCACACAAACGAUCACACAAACGAUCAUCUAAACGACUACGAAUACUACGAAUACUACAACACUAAUGAUGAUGAUCACUAUAACAUAAACGAUGAUGAUCACUAUCACAUAAAUGACGAUGCAUAUAAUAAUUUUUAUGAUAAUAUAUAUGCUGAGGAAAACGUAUCAUGCCAUGAAAAUGUUGCAACAAAUAAUAUAGAUAAAAAAAAAAAAUUUCGAGUUAUUGUUGUUUCCAGUGAUAAGGAUCUAUUACAAUUAUUAGAAUAUAAUAAUGAGACAUAUAAUAUGGAUAUAUCCAUAUGUCAACCAAAUAAAAAAUAUCGUUUAGUAAAUUCACAUUUAUUUUAUGAAGAACAUGAAAUAUUACCCUCUCAAUAUAGUGAUUAUUUAAUUCUAACAGGAGAUAAAACAGAUGGGAUAUCUGGAGUACCUUAUAUAGGUGACAAAACAAGUAAAUGCUUAUUAAAAGAAUAUCAUAAUAUUGAAAAUAUUUUAAAAAAUUUACAUAAACUUCCUAGUAAAUUACAUCAUAUAUUUCUUAAUAAUAUAGAGAAUAUUAAUACAUUUAGGAAACUUAUAAAACUAAAAUGUGAAACUAAUGAAUCUUUAGUUUUUGAUGAUUAUAAACAAAAAAGAAUAAAAAAUUUUGAACAAUUUAGGAAUUUCGCUGAUAAAUAUUCAUUACAUAAGUUGUUAAAAAAAAGUGUAAUAGUUAAUUACCAUGAUUAA